UUUUUUCCCCCCGCUAAUAUCAAAACGUUAAAACAGAGAUCCUCUGUUUCAAAGCUUCUCAGUUUUCUCAUAUCUGGAUAUACAAGUUAAAGAUGAAGUACGUGCUUGUAACUGGAGGUGUUGUGAGUGGAUUAGGAAAAGGUAUCACUGCAAGCAGUGUUGGUGUUCUUCUUCAGUCCUGUGGUCUUCGCGUUACUUGUAUCAAAAUUGAUCCUUAUUUGAACUAUGAUGCUGGAACCAUAUCUCCUUACGAACAUGGCGAAGUGUAUGUCUUGGACGAUGGUAGUGAGGUGGAUCUUGAUCUUGGAAACUACGAGAGGUUUCUAGAUAUCACAUUAACUCGAGAUAACAACAUCACUUACGGGAAGAUUCAGCAGUAUGUGAUGGAUAAAGAGAGGAAAGGAGAUUAUUUAGGAGAGACUGUUCAGAUUGUUCCUCACAUCACUGAUACAAUUCGAGAAUGGAUUGAGAGAGUUGCAACGGUUCCUGUUGAUGGAAAAGAAGGUCCUCCUGAUGUUUGCAUCAUUGAAUUAGGUGGAACUAUAGGAGAUAAUGAGUCACGGCCUUUCACUGAAGCACUUAGCCAAUUAUCAUACAGUGUAGGGCCUGAUAACUUCUGUCUGAUCCAUGUUACUCUCGUGCCUGUGCUCAGUGCUGUUGGUGAACAGAAAACAAAACCAACACAGCACAGCAUUAGAGAUCUACGAAGCUUGAGAUUGACACCUAAUAUCAUAGCUUGUCGGAGCACAAAGGUACUUGAAGAGAAUGUAAAAUCAAAGCUAUCUCGAUUGUGCUAUCUUCCGGUAUGA